GCUUUGGUGUUGUUUGUGUGAGUUGUGUACUCUAUCUAAGUAUUGUUGUAUAGAUUGUCUUUAUAUAGUCUUUGCUCUGUGUCAAGUGAAACCUUAAAUUGAAGUUUCAAAUCAUAAUAAUGUCAUCAGGAGAAGAAGACGAGUAUGGAAAGUUUAGUAAAGAGAUGUUACAAUUGCAAGAAGCGAUGAAGUCGUCAGGGUACUCCUUUGGACAAGUUAGUGGCUGGGAUGAUGAUACACAAGAAAUAGAUGAUGACUCUAACCCCAAAAGCGGUCCGGAACGGGAAAUCCUCAGGGCUGCGGAGACGGGCAACCUGGGCGUUGUCCAGAGGCUGCUGGAGACGGACCUGCAACUGAUGCACGUCAGGGACAAGGAUGGCUACACCCCUCUGCACCGGGCUUGCUACAACGACCACAUAGAUGUGGUUAACCACCUCCUGCUGAAGGGCGCCAACAUCCGGGCGGAGACGGAGGAUGGCUGGCAGCCGCUGCACUCGUCCUGCAUGUGGAACAACUACCGAUGCGUCGCCAAGCUGCUGGACCACGGAGCGGAUAUCAACGCCACCAGCAAAGGAGGACAGACGCCCCUGCACUUGGCAGCGUCGAACGGCCAAGCUAAGGAGACGCUCCAGCUGCUCCUGAUGAACCCGUACAUACGUGUGGAAGCUCGCAAUGCCAGCAAUGAGACGGCUUCAAAUAUCGCAAUGAGAAGCAACAAGCACUACCGUCUGUUUGAGAUGGUCGAACCCUGCUUGUCUACUCUUUAAAGAAAGUUGUGUCCUGAGUUACUAGUUUUCUCUGCAUUUUGUCAUCAAUCAGUGUUAAUAAAUACAUUUUUAUCUAAGAACAUAAAUUUAUUUAUAUUUUU